CGCUGACGCAGCGAGUCGCCCACGAGUGGGUCGUUGGCAAGGACGAGCUCAUCAACGACCGGAUCGAAGAUGCCACUGGCGAAGCGUUACUGGACCUGACACAGUCAGAAAACCAGAGUGCAUUCGCUCUUUCCGCGCACCUCGAGCAGUACGCUGAGCGGACAGUCCCAGAAGUUUAUACCAAAAAACUGCAAUCCAAAAUUGAUUUCAGGAGGGCAACCGGAGAGGAACGUAAGGGUAUGUUUGCAAAGUCAAUGGAGUCCUAUCAAGCCUCUUUAUCCAAAUCCAUCGCCCUCCAUGGAACCCGGGAUCACAAAGACAUUGCUACAAUCCUUAGCCGUAUCGGGGCUGUCGCUCAAAACCUGGGAAGACUUGAUGAUGCAUUGACCUAUUUGAACGACUCUCUCGAGAUCUACAUCAAGCUUUAUAGCACCCGACGGCAUAUAUCAGUCGCGUUUGUUCUCAAUUGCCUUGGCGAAGUAACAAGGCAGCAAGGCCAACAUCAACUUGCCUUAUCGUAUUUCCAAGAGUCUCUGGAUAUUUCGACUGAGGCUCAUAGCUCGAGGCUAAACAUUGAUGUCGCUAGAGUCCUAAAUAACAUGGGUUCGCUGGCUCACGAUCAAGGGCAGUUGGAUGCUGCCUUUGCCUAUCUGAGCGAAUCUCUUGACAUCAAGACCCAGGUGUACGGAACCCACGAGCAUCCCUCUGUCACCAAGUCUCUCACAAAUCUGGGAAAUGUUCUUCUCUCCAAAGGCGAUCCAGCACAAGCCCUCAAGUGUUAUGCUGAGGAUCUUGAAAUGACGACCAAACUCUAUGGAACACGUCUGCACCCAGACAUAGCACAAAUCUUGAACAAUAUGGGUGCUGCUGCCAGCGAGCUAAGCUGCUUCGACGCGGCCCAAAGAUACUACCAGGAAGCUCUCGACAUCAAAAUCAAGAUAUAUGGAACGCGCAAUCACGCUGACGUUGCCUCAACCCUCAAUAACAUGGGUGUUUUGGCGGCCGAAACCAAUAAUCUUGAAGAAGCUCUUCGCUACUUUCAAGAGGAUUUGGAAAUCACGACGGCACUCCAUGGAUCCAGAAUCCACGCAGACACGGCAGCGUCGCUCAACAAUUUAGGUGCUCUUGCCAGAGAUAUUGGCCACCUUGAUCAGUCGCUGCGAUAUUUUCGUGAGUCCUUGGAUGUAUCAAUAGCUAUUCAUGGAACGCGCAUUCAUCCGGACAUUGCACAAACCCUGUCCAACAUGGGUGCAGUGGCAUAUGAUCAGAGGGAUUUAUGUCAGGCCCAUACUCUGCUUUGCGAAGCCCUGGAAGCAUUCAACCAAAUCCACAAUGGUCAACCCCACAGAGAAAUCAUCGUCGUUCUGAACUGCCUCGGUCUUGUCGCGAGUGCUCAAGGGAAUCACGAAGAAUCGUCUCAAUACUAUGAACAGCUGGUGCAUAUGCGUAUUGAGAUCUUUAACAGCCGAAAGCAUCCGCAGGUUGCUUUAGCUUUGGGGUAUCUUGGUGCUGCGGAGGAGGCCGCUGGACACCUCGAAUCAGCACUUCGGCAUUACCGCGAAUCUCUCGAGAUUCUUCGUGAUGGACUUGCAAAUCCUGAACAUCCCCUUGUUCGCGCGGCCGUCGAUGCAGUUACUCGCACCGAGGAAAAGCUCACACAACAAUCGUGAAUGUCCAAUGUUGCCGACUCGGGGACCCUCGAUAAAGAUGCAGAAUCAGGAUCAGGUACCGAUAGGACAGCGCAGGCGACUUCGAGACAGGGUCGUCGAAUGUGCUGCAUGAUGAACUUGUAAUGAAGCCCACCUUGGGCAGCUACAUGUUCAACUCAUGUGGGGUGUUUGUUACUAUUGUCAACUUUAUUCAGGAAGACAAGCCAUCAGGUCCAACAGGUUGGUACCCCGGCACGUUGAGUACACAGG